CCCCAGCGCUGGAGCCGCCCAACACGGACUGGUUAAAUAUCUAUCGUCAACGUUUUUGCUGUGUCUGGGACUUGCAAGUCUGGUCAUCGCCGCCGCCGCCAUGGGCCUGGAGCUCUACCUGGACCUGCUGUCCCAGCCCUGCCGCGCUGUGUACAUCUUCGCUAAGAAGAACGGCAUCCCCUUCCAGCUGCGCACCGUGGAGCUGCUGAAGGGCCAGCACCUCAGUGAUGCCUUUGUCCAGGUGAACCCACUGAAGAAGGUACCAGCCUUGAAGGAUGGGGACUUCAUCUUGACUGAGAGUGUGGCGAUCCUGCUCUAUCUGACACACAAGUACAAGGUCCCUGACCACUGGUACCCUCAGGACCUGCAGACCCGCGCCCGUGUGGAUGAGUAUCUGGCAUGGCAGCACACAACUCUGCGGAGAAAUUGCCUACGGGCCCUGUGGCAUAAGGUGAUGCUCCCUAAUUUCCUGGGCGAGCAAGUAUCUCCCAAGACACUGGAAGACACAAUGGCUGAAUUGGAUGUGACCCUGCAGUUGCUCGAGGACAAAUUCCUCCAGAACAAGGACUUUAUUGUCGGACCCCACAUCUCCCUGGCUGAUCUGGUAGCCAUCACUGAACUCAUGCAUCCCGUGGGUGCUGGCUGCCAGGUCUUCCAAAGCCGACCCAAGCUGGCUGCAUGGCGCCAGCGAAUAGAGGCUGCAGUGGGGAAGGACCUCUUCCAGGAAGCUCAUGAGGUCAUCCUGAAGGUCAAGAACACUCCCCCUGCAGACCCCACCAUAAAGCAGAAGCUGAUGCCUGGAGUGCUAGCCAUGAUCCACCGACCCACUGCCGACCUCGCCAUGGGCCUGGAACUCUAUCUGGACCUGAUGUCCCAGCCCUGCCGCGCUGUCUACAUCUUCGCCAAGAAGAACGGCAUCCCCUUCCAGCUGCGCACCGUGGAACUGCUCAAAGGUCAGCACUACACUGAUUCCUUUGGUCAGGUGAACCCCCUGAGGAAGGUGCCAGCCCUAAAGGACGGGGACUUCACAUUAGCUGAAAGUGUGGCCAUCCUCUUGUAUCUGAGUCGCAAGUACAAGGCCCCCGAUCACUGGUACCCCCAAGACCUGCAGGCCAGAGCCCGGGUGGAUGAGUACCUGUCCUGGCAACACACCACCCUGCGGAGUUGCUGCACCAGGGCCAUGUGGCAGAAGAUGUUGUUCCCUAUGUUCCUGGGCCAGCCAGUGCCUCCUGAGACACUGGCAGCCACUUUGGCUGAGCUGGAUAGAUGCCUGCAGCUGCUUGAGGACAAGUUCCUGCAAAACCAGGCCUUCCUUACUGGGUCCCAUAUCUCUGUGGCUGACUUGGUGGCCAUCACAGAGCUGAUGCAUCCUGUCAGUGCUGGCUGCCAAGUCUUUGAAUGCCGACCCAAGUUGGCUGCAUGGCGCCAGCGUGUGGAGUCUGCAGUAGGAGAGGACCUCUUCCAGGAAGCCCAUGCAGUUAUCCUGAAGGCCAAGGACAUUCCUCCAGCAGACCCCGCCUUGAAGGAGAAACUGAGGCAGUCACUGCAGGGUUUGUUGCAGUGAGUGAGUGGCCCUGGCCAGUAAAAUUACCAAGGGAAAUGCUGGGUUGUCAGAAUAAAGAGAUGAAGCUGCUUGUUUCCUUUGCUGUAAGCAGGACAUGUCCACACAGUCUGUUCACAGUUCUGUCCAAGUAUCAGAUUUGUAUUCCUUUUGUGUCUCCAUGCCACUUUUAUUCGGCUUCUACCUGACCUUUGGAGAGAGCUUUAGUAAACACAUAAAUGGCCUUAUCCCUCUUCUUUGGAAACUUUCCAUGUAUCCCCACUUCCUUGAAGUUAAAGUAUAAGUCAUUGCAUGUGGCAUUAAAGAUCUUGCUCUCCUACCCCUAUAAGCCUCCCUGCCUCCUAACUGCAUUCAUUUCAGACCCCUGUCCUAGUCCUACCUUGGCCUCCUAUCUUUGGCUCAUGCUGUUCCCUCCUCACCUUCUCUGCCAGAUACUACUCUUGUUCUUUGGCAUUUGGCACCAUGUUGCUUCUCCAGGGAGACAUCCCUCACCUCUCCAUCCCCAGGGAAGAACAGCUGACUUUAUGGGAUCCUCAGCUCCAAUGUUUCCCUCCUUCAGUCCUGGCAGAGAGCAAGCUCCAUGGCCCCUGGGCUUAGCACAUGUCAUAGAUGUCGGGUGACCCUGUGCAGAAGUCUGAUCUGGAAUGGCCUUGGUCUACUAAGUCUCUCUCCCUCUGUAGGAGACAGGCAGGGUACAAGGCUGUUUCAUGAACCUCUUUGCAGAGAGGGCAGUCCCUCGUUAGGAAAGCCCUGUUUCUGGCCCCAAUAGCCUUGUUCCCCAUACCUAUUCCUGAUCCCAACCACUAUCUUCUCUAUGCCCAACUCUAGCUCCCAAACUUACCAUGGUUUAAGUCUGCAUCACAGCCUGCUUGUUCUUAUAACACAGACCCUCUGAUAGCUGAGUCAUUGUAUAAAUAAACUGCUAACAGAAUUAGCAGGGUAAUGACAAUCUCUUAGCCCACAUGUCUUCCUACGAAGACCACUUUGAUAUGCACUCUUAGAAUUUCUUAUGUGUGAUUGAACAGAUUGUCUUGUUUUAAACAACUUUUGCCACCACUCGCACAAGAGGCAACAAAGGAGGAGAUGCCCUUGCCCAAGGGUCUUUCACAGUCUCAAAUGCACCUGCACUUGCCACUACAGGGUCUUGAUUUAACAUCUGAGCAGCCAUCUUAAAUAUUAACCACCAUCUAAUAAGUUUCGCUUUCCUGUAUUUCCUCUUACCCAAACUCCCCCUACCCCCAUUAUUGACCUACCACGUUAUACCAUAACUCUAAGCCAAUCCCAGAAGGACACCAUCCCUUGACUCUGGAACUGCUCUUGGUGCCAUUGACCUAAGCCAUGCUAUUCCCCACCCACCUAGCUCUGAUGCAGGCACCUGAGUCUAUCCCUUAGGGCCAUAACUACAAUCCAAACCCCUACCCCACAAAAGCUGAACACCCAACUAUCUCGGGUGCCUCUCUCCACUCUAUAGAGGGAUGGCCUUUAUUUGUCAGCCUUGACAAAUAAACCUUUGUGUGGAUAUCUACCUCGUCUCUGUCCUUCAUUUCUCGCUCUCCUGCCUCUUGCUUGCUCACUUUCCUUUCAGUUACCGGGAUUCCAAACUGAGAGAAGGGCAAAUUCCCAUAUUGAAGGUGAAUUCUUUGACUAUGAAAUGGUGGCAAAUCGUUUAAAAAUAAAAACAAAAGUUAAACCUG